AUUCCAACACACUCCCUUUCAAACUUCCAAAUGCCAAAAGCAAGAAGCCUUGAAGGAACCAUGCAACACCGGAAAAGGUACUUAUUGGUUUCUCUCCUCUUGAUUCUUAUCCAGUAUUGCACUUCCAAGGACUCCAUCACACAAAACCAAUCUUUCAAAGAUGGAGAUCUUUUAGUUUCCAGUGGAAACUCCUUUGCUUUUGGUUUCUUUAGCCCUGGAAUUUCUGGAAACCGAUAUCUCGGCAUCUGGUACAACAAAGUUCCAGAACAAACUGUUGUCUGGGUAGCCAAUAGGGACAGUCCCGUAAAUGGCACCAAUGGAGUUGUAUCCAUUGAAAAAUCAGGAAAUCUUAUUCUACGCGAUGAAUCCAGCAACCUUUUGUUAUGGUCCACCAAUGUUUCAGGCAUGUUAUCCACUAGCUCUUCUUCUGUUCAGCUCACUGAAACAGGGAAUUUGAUGUUGUUUCAAGAUCAAAGCAGAAGCAUUGUAGCAUGGCAAAGUUUUGAUUUUCCCACUAAUACUUUGCUUCCUCACAUGAAACUUGGGGUGAACCGGACAUCUGGAUUUAAGACAGUCCUGACCUCUUGGAAGUCACAAGAUGAUCCUGGGACGGGUGAUUUUCGUUUCAACAUGGAGCUAAAUGGCUCACCCCAAUUCUUUUUGUACAAACGAUCAGACCGGCUAUGGCGAACAGGGCCAUGGAAUGGGAUCCAAUUGAGUGGAGUACCAGACAUGACUUCAAAGUUCAUCUUCACAGUUAGCUAUGUCGAUAAUAAUGAUGGAGUUAGCCUCUCCUAUAGUAUUCACGAUCCCAAUAUUUUUUCUAGAUUAGCAUUAAAUGAAUCAGGGACCAUGGAGAGGCUAACUUGGCAAGGAGGUGAGCAUAGCUGGGUCAAAUUUUGGUCUGCCCCCAAGGAUCAAUGCGACUAUUACAGCCAUUGUGGCACAUUCAGUGACUGUGACCCUUACAAUUUGGGUGAAUUCGAGUGUAAAUGUCUUCCAGGUUUUGUGCCUAAGGUGAAAAGUGAAUGGUAUCUGAGGGAUGCAAUCAAUGGGUGCACCAGAAAGCAAGGAGAAAAGACGUGCGGAAACAGCACUGACGGAUUCAUAAAAUUGACCUUUGUUAAGGUUCCUGACACUUCAAAUGCUAGAGUGAAUGAGGGUGUGGGAUCAAAAGAGUGCCAGGAUUUGUGCUUAAGAAAUUGUUCAUGCACAGCUUAUGCAAGUGCUAAUAUCAGUCGUGGUGGAAGUGGCUGCAUCACUUGGUACGGGAACUUGAUAGAUAUCAGGCUGUUUUCCAAUGGCGGCCAGGAUGUUUACAUCAGAGUUACAGCCGCGGAGUUAGCUGAAUUUCUAAAGAGUUCAAAGGGCUCGCGGAGCAAAAAGUUGGUAAUCAUUGUUGUAGCAUCUGCAGCAGGAGUUCUCAUACUGCUAUUUUUGUCAUGGGUGGUACUCAAGAAUAGAAAAGGUAAAAGACAGUACAUCAAGCGGCUGCUCAGCUUUAACAUUAGUCCAAGAUCGUCCUACGGAGCUUCUUCAACAACAAAGGAAAUAGAUGAAAAUACAGAUUUGUCCGUUUUCGACCUAAGAACCAUAUCUUCAGCAACCAACAAUUUCUCCCUUGCUAACAAACUUGGAGAGGGUGGAUUUGGAACAGUUUACAUGGGUCGACUGCAUACUGGUAGAGAAAUAGCUAUCAAAAGAUUGUCAAAAAGUUCAGGACAAGGGAUUGAGGAAUUCAAGAAUGAAGUUACACUGAUAGCAAGACUACAGCACAGGAAUCUUGUUAAGCUUUUGGGAUGUUGCAUCCAGCAAGAUGAGAAAAUGCUAGUUUAUGAAUACCUGCCAAAUAAGGGACUCGACAAUUUCAUCUUCGAUAAAGAAAAAGCUGCAUUGCUCAAUUGGAGAAAACGCUUUGAAAUAAUACUAGGCAUUGCUCGGGGACUUGUGUAUCUUCACCGGGAUUCGCGAUUAAGAAUUAUCCACAGGGAUCUGAAAGCAAGCAAUGUUUUACUAGAUGCUGGUAUGGAGCCAAAAAUAUCAGACUUUGGCAUGGCUAGAAUAUUUGGAGCAGGUCAAAUGGAGGCUAACACAAACAGAGUGGUGGGAACCUAUGGGUACAUGUCACCAGAAUAUGCAAUGCAAGGGCUCUUUUCUGAUAAAUCAGACGUUUUCAGUUAUGGGGUUUUGCUCUUGGAGAUUAUCAGCGGCAGAAAGAAUAGCAGUUAUUUCCAUGAUAACGCUAUCAAUUUGAUUGGAUAUGUUUGGGAUCUGUGGAAAGAAGAUAAGGCCCUGGAAAUAGUUGAUCCAUCAAUGAGGGACUCGUAUAAUCAAGAUGAAGUACUGAGAUGCAUUCAAAUUGGCCUUUUGUGCGUUCAAGAACAGGCGAGUGAUCGGCCAACCAUGUCCCAAGUUCUUUCCAUGCUAUCAAAUGGAACGGCACUGCCUUCAGUUUCUCCUAAACAGCCUGCAUUUGUCAUAAAAAAAGUUAAUAAUGGUAGUAAUCUUCCAUAUUCGUCAUCUGCAAGCAUAGGAGCUGUAUCGGUCGAUGAAAUGACAAUUACUUUGAUGCAAGCUCGUUAAGAAUUCAUUUAAAUUGUAAUAGAAUGUGCAGUUGCAUGCAUGCUUGGUGAAUAUUUGGACCUGUGGAUGUAUAGUUCUUGAGAUUAGAUUUGAUCCUAAUAAUUCAUGCACCUAGUUAUGUGAGUGAACAAUAUCUAUAACUACAUGAACAAUAUUGAGACAAUAUUUGGCCAGUCAUUGUGAUGGUAUGGCUCAUUGCAUCUAAUUGAGAAAUUUUAAUGGUGAUUGCUGUU